AUGGCCAGCCCUCCGUUUCUUUCUAAUUUUGGGAAGAAAAAAUCACUGUCCAACUGCACUCGGUCAAUGAGAUUGAGUGACGAGGGUCAAUUGAAGGAGCUGAAGCGGAAGAAGAGCAGAGUUUGUGGUGAAAGAGAUGAAACCGAAGAUUAUGUUGGUGUAAAGGCAAGAAGGGGUGAAGCAACCGACAGUCACAGUCUUUCCGAAAGAGCAAGAAGAGCGAAAAUCCGUCUGAGAAUGAAGCUCUUGCAAUCUCUUGUUCCUGGAUGUGAUAAGAUAACCGGCAAGGCUCGUAUACUGGAUGAGAUUAUCAAAUAUGUUCAAUUGCUACAGAAUCAAGUAGAGUCCCUUGCGGCAAAGCUUGUUUUUGUGGAUCUCUUGCUAUAUGAAAGUGAGUCGAAUCCAAAUAGAAAUGCUCGUGUUUCUGAGAUGCUGUCACAGGGGCUGUUGCCGUCUGUUCCAGAGUCUAGCUCUACCGAGUUCUUGUCUUUUGCGUCCAGUUCACCAAGCGAUUCUGCUUCCCUUUUGCUUACAGAUGAUCAGAAAGCUACUCUGAUCCCUCAGAACGGUGGAGCUUUGUUGCUGGAUGUGGAAAACAAGCCUGAAGAUAUUGAGACAACUAAUUGUUCACCUUAUAAGCUCAACCAAUUCUAA